AUGCUCUCAUUUACUGUUCGCGCAAUCUUUGCCAAUCUAUUCCUUGCAGUUGCAGCUUCUGCCAGUUGCAAAUCCUCCCCCGAUGAUUCGAGCUGGCCUUCUGCAAACGAAUGGCGGGCACUCAACCAGUCCAUCCAGGGGACCCUCAUAAAAACUACCCCUGCAGCCUCAUCAUGCUACCCUGGGAAUCCAUUUGGUUCCACGGAUAAUUGCACUAAUGUGAAAAACCAUUGGACCUAUGCCUCGUAUCAUUCCACCUGGCCCGAGAGUAUCGACUACCCGAUCUAUGCCAACAACUCUUGUUUACCCCAGGGGGCGACGGGAUACACCAAGGAUAGAGGGUGCGAGAUUGGUGGGCUACCGCAGUAUAUCGUGAAUGCCUCAACGGAGAUGCAGAUUGCUACUGCACUGACAUGGGCUUCUCGCAAUAACAUUCGUGUGGUUGUUAAGGGGACUGGGCAUGAUCUCAAUGGCCGGUCAACGGGAGCAUUUGCACUAUCCAUUUGGACGCAUAAUUUCAAGCACACUGUCCACCACCGAAACUGGAAUGUUCCUGGCAGAAAUGAUACCGCAGACGUUCUGGUCUGUGGCAGUGGAAAUAACUGGGGCUCUGCCAACCUUGCUGCACACAACGUGCACAGAGCUAUCGUGGGUGGCGAAGACCCUACAGUUGGCUUGGGAGGUUUGAUUCAGAACGGUGGCCACGGGUGGCUGUCAAGCCAUUAUGGUCUUGCAUCGGACCAAGUAUACCAAGUCACUGUCAUCACCACUGAUGGUAAGCGCCUUGUUGCCAAUGCUGCGCAGAACCAAGAUCUUUUCUGGGCGGUUCGCGGCGGCGGAGCAGGGCAGUUUGGCGUGGUGACCGAGUUCGUUCUGAAAACUUACCCCGUGCCCGACAACAUGGUCACGGGGGGGUUCUCUUUCCAUGCAACUUCCCACUCUAACGCCAGCGAAAUUGCGUCCUGGAAUGCUAUGGCCGAGCUUGCUUCUCUCAUUCCCGAUAUCAUGGAUACCGGUCUCACUGGCAGCGUGUCCGCACUUACGGGUAAACAGGCUGUGGCACUGAUGGGGCUAGAUCAAUCUCCUCCGGGUGUCGCUGCUUCUGUGAGUUUGACCGGGUUUAACAUGACUACGCGUGAAAUGAACGCUACGAUCAACAAUCUGGUAGCCCGGAUCGCCAACAGCACGCAAGGGAUCUAUUUGGACUUCUCUUUGACAGUACCAACCACUAAGAGUUUCUACACUAAGAGUGGCUCUAGCACCAGGGCUGGGGCUGUCAGCUUGCUCACCAGUCGCCUCUUGGGCCGACAGGAACUCUCCGAUAUUGCCAAAGAGGACCUGAUUCAAUACCUUCAACAAAUCCUCGUUUCUCAAAGCUCCGCUGGAUCGAUGCUACUCUUCGGUCUCCAGGCCGGGCUUGGACCCGCUAAUGUCCCGGAAGAAAUGCGUGGAAGUGUCCUUCCAGCCUGGCGUCAAGCCUACGCACAUGUUAUGACUUACGGGGCAUCGAUGAAUGCCACUGGUGAUCCAAGCGAGUCUUUGAAAUCCGGAGCUGAAUAUUACGAAACAGCCAAAGAGCCUGUAUGGAGGAAAUGGGCUCCAAAUUCCGGUGCCUAUAUGAAUGAGGGAAACCCUUUUAGCAUUACAUGGAAGCAGGAUUUCUAUGGUGAGAACUACGAAAGGCUUCUUGAGAUCAAGCGCAAGUAUGACCCGAGUGAAAGUUUGUUUAUCUGGAGCGGUCUUGGUAGUGACAUGUGGAACUAUGACCUGAAAAGCGGAUUGUUGUGUCAGAUAUCCUAA